AUGAGUGCUAGAAAAUUGCUCCGCGAGUGUCAAACGCCGACAGAGACGCCCCCAUAUGCACCACAAGAUCGGAACAAGGGCACUGCUGCUCUACACGAUGGAAUUGGGAGUGGUUCUCUCGGCACCGUUCAGUUACGCAACGAUCACACCGGGGAGAUCAUCCUCGUGCCCACGCCAUCGGACGACCCCAAUGACCCCUUGAACUGGCCUCAAUGGUACAAAAAUGUCGUGGCUGCCCUUAUCUGCUGCGCAAUGCUCAUGUGCAACUUUCUUGCCGCUGGCCCUACAAUCGCCUUGAUAGAUACCGCAAUGGACUUCUUCCCUGAUGCGGCUGACCCGGAUAAUCCAGAUGCGUUUGACAACGCCGUUGCCGCUGUCUCUUAUUACUUUACCACAACUUCUCUCCUUCAGGGCAUCUCGAACUUUUUGUGGGUUCCCCUUGCCAAUAAAUAUGGUCGUCGCCCAGUAUAUAUCUUGAGCUAUGCCAUCUACCUCGCUUGUGCAGUCUGGUUGGUGUUUGAGCAGUCAUACAAUGGCUUCUUGGCAGGACGCAUCCUCAUGGGAGUUGGAGCGGGAGCGGCAGAAACUAUCGCACCCAUCAGCAUCGCCGAUAUCUUCUUUCUCCAUGAACGCGGCACCAUAAUGGCUCUAUACACGGCUUUCCUGAGUGUCGGUGUUGCCUUUGGAAUAAUAAUAUCGGGUCUCAUCACCAUUGACCAUGAUUGGAGAACAAUCUACUCCGUUGCUGCCGUGUUGAUAAGCGUGAUUCUGCUUUUAGCUGUUCUUGUCUUUCCCGAGACGGCUAGAGACGCCUAUGUGGGUAAAUCUGAAGCUGGAUGUGCCCUUCAAAACGUGGCUCGGCAACCAGCCACGAGCGACACUGAACAAGAGCCCCACGGCGAGCAACCGAUGUCUGUAUUGCACAAACGAGGAUAUGCUCAGUCUCUCAAGAUAUUUACAGGCGUGCACACGCGCGAGAGCCUCUGGAAAAUCGCAGUGCGGCCCUUCGGCUUGAUCCUCCUUCCGCCAAUUUUAUGGGCAGCCCUGGUGGAGGCCGUCACUAUAGGCUUUCUUGUCGCGGUAACGUCAAAUGUGGAUGUGGCCUUUGAGGGCACAUAUGAUUUUGAAUCAUACCAGGCUGGACUAUGCUUCAUAUCGGGUGUCAUCGGCGCGCUCAUUGGCAUCUUCGCCGGCGGUCAUCUGAGCGAUUGGGUUGCGGACGUGCUCACCAGACGCAACGGUGGCGUUCGAGAGCCCGAGAUGCGUCUGCCCGCCAUGAUACCACCCCUGAUAACCACGCCACUGGCUCUGAUACUCUUCGGAGUCGGUAUAGAGCAGAGGCUGCAUUGGAUGUGCCCCACUAUCGGACUUGGUCUAUUAAACUUCUCCAUUACGUCGGCUACAAAUGUCUGCCUCGUCUACGUCAUCGACGCCUAUCGCCCCGUGGCUGGCGAGAUUACUCUAGCGGUUAUGGGCUUCAAGUCAAUCUUUGGCUUUCUCCUGUCGUUCUAUACGAACCCCUGGGUCGAUGACUCAGGUUUCAUGGAUGCCUACGGAUCCAUGGCAGGAAUCGCGGCGUUCGUCAUUCUUGGAUGGAUCCCAUUGUAUUUCUGGGGUAGUAGGAUACGAAAGGCAACACUUGAUUGGCCGGCUGUGAGGUUUGUCAAAUGGGGUUGUGAUAGGGAAGUAGGAGAGUAG